AUGGAUGCUCCCGAGCCAGUCCCCUCCAUCUCCCCCGCCAAGCAGGACCGCAUCCUCAUCUGGCGCAGCGAGGUCGAGCUCGCCACCACCGCCGGCCCCGAAUCCGACAGCACCACGGCCUCCCACGACGGCGCCUCGUCCAACCGCGGCGGCUCCUCGGCCACCUCCACCACCACGUCCUCGCGCGCCUCCUCGUCGCGCUCCGCCGCCCUCGUCCUCGCCCGCGGCCGCCACGCCCUCGCCAAGGUCGCCCGCAAGCUGGCCUGGCCACGCCGGCGAUCCGCCCACCGCCCGGCCCGAGAGGACCGCGGCUUGCUGAGGACCGCCAUGUACGCGAGGCUCUCGCCCGAUUACCAACCGGCCGAGGACGAGGAGAUGGAGGAUGGUGCUGUCGCUCCCUUGAGGCGCCAUGGAGAGCCUCCUGCUGCGUGA